AUGACAGAAAAAACGGUUGUAUUUUUGUAUUUAGAGUAUUUUUUGUUCUGUAUUUGUACAUUUUGCAGAACUGAAAGAUUACCCCGGCGUGGUGGGAGGGAGCGUACCUUCUCAGAUGCACAGGAAACAGCAAUAGUCAACAUGGUUAUGGCAAAUAACACAUUAACCAUAAGACAAAUAAGGAAUACAAUAAUCAAUGACCAAGUCACAUUCCCCAACAUUCUCACAGUUGGCCAGGCUACAGUGGACCGUGUUCUGAGGCGGAACGCACUAAGAAUGAAGCAGAUAUACAGAGUGCCGUUCAACAGAAACUCUGACAGAGUCAAAGAUUUGCGCCAUGACUAUGUGCAAAGAGUUCUUGAGCUAGAGGCAGCUGAGGAGUCGAAUACAUUUAUUUAUAUUGAUGAGGCUGGUUUCAACCUCUCCAAAACAAGGCGCAGGGGCAGAAACAUCAUUGGACAACGCGCCAUUAUCAAUGUCCCUGGCCAGCGGGGAGGGAAUAUCACUCUGUGUGCUGCCAUAAACCACAACGGCAUCCUCCAUCACCACUCAAUCAUUGGCCCCUACAACACUGCCCGUCUCCUCAUAUUCCUGGACACACUGCACAACACACUUAUUCCACCCGACCAAAUAGUCCAUGCAGAGCAGCCCAGGUAUGUUGUUAUCUGGGACAAUGUAAGUUUCCACCGGGCUGCUCUGAUCCACAAUUGGUUCACCAACCACCCACGGUUUUUGGUGCUUCCCCUCCCACCAUACUCUCCAUUUCUAAACGCAAUAGAGGAGUUUUUUUCUGCCUGGAGAUGGAAGGUAUACGAACGCAAUCCGCAGGCGCAGAUGCCCCUGAUACAGGCCAUGGAGGAGGCAUGUGGCAAUAUAGCCCCUGAGGCCUUUCAGGGCUGGAUUCGCCACACCAGGCGUUACUUUCCCCGCUGUCUGGCCAGAGAGAACAUAGCCUGUGAUGUUGAUGAGGUCCUCUGGCCAGACAGGAUCCGAAGACAGGAUGCACAGUAUAUAUAUUUUACACAAUCGUGA